AGAAGUAAUGGAGCGCGGAGACACUGCAGCAUCGUCCGAGGCCCCGCCCUCCCCCGGGCUCCUAUCACCCGCAUAGUGCGCCCCGGUAGCGCUCAGCCUCAUCACACACAAUCCAUGUAGUUAGGGUCCAGCUCUCACCCCAUCCGGGUGUCAGGCUCCUCUCCCUCACCCCAGACCAGCGGCAGACACACCCCAUCCAGCCGGAUGACCCGUUCUCACAUCUGCACCGCCCUACACAAGAAUUCCGGGUCACCACACACACACCCGAGAAAUACAGCGAGGGCAACAAUGCUGGGAAAAGGGCUGACAUGCCAGCGUCAAAGAUGGCCGCCGGUGUGCGUCAUUUCCGGUCAGCUGAAGGGAGCUUCCUCUUUUGCUACUUUCAGAUUUGCGUUUGAACUAUAGGGGCUAUCUAUGAGAACUGAACACUGAGUGGGGCACAGCUGGAUGGCGCUGCCUUAGCAGGAUCUGGUUCUUCUAGUCCUCUGGUUUGGUCGCCUCUGCAGUAUCAUGGCAGACAGGAGUAACAGCAGCUGGUUGAGGGAUGUGGCGUCCUUCAGUUCUGGUCCUAAAUCCUUCUUACUCAAUGAGGCCUCCGAAGGUUUUCUGGACGAUCUCUUAAAAGACCUUAAAAGUGAAAGUCUGAGCGAGCACACGAAGGUUUCAAUGCUGAAUCUUUUCUUAGAAUUUCCAUCACUUCUGUGCCCGGACAAGACGUCAGGCGAGAUCACCACGGAGAUCCUGAUGAAUAUUUUACAGCAGACACCCCCGUCAUUGAAGACUAUACCCUUAAGAUGCCACCUCCUGUUAGCAAUCGAGACCGUUCUGAUUACCACCGAUAACUUCAACUGGAAUUGCAAGGCCGCACAGGAGUUUGCUUCCCUGCUGAUGCACAUCAUAUCGGACAUCGGUGACAAGAAGCAGGGGGCAACCAACAGGCCUCUACGUGUCACUGCCUGUGAAUGCCUUAGGGAGUUAGAAAAUUGCUACCCAGGCCUUCUCUCUCAGAGACUGGAACAGUUAUACACCCUGCAACAGCAAGAGGUGACAGGUGCCCACCAGUCCUACACCAUACUGUACAGCAUAGCCCUGAAGAAUGCCAUACACCUCCUGGCACAGAAAGAUGGUCCGUCUAAUGGAGCCCUCAAGCAAGUGCUAAUGAGCAAUGACAGCUUCCUAUGGAACGCUACAAAAGACAUGAAGGAGUUACGACCUGCAUCAGGGGAGCAACUGUUUCUGCUCCCCUCCAACAAUGAGACGAAAGAACUAAAAUCCAUCCUGGCUUUGUUGCUAGAGGACUCCUAUCUUCUUACGCCCGUAUGCCAAAACACCCUGUUCUGGCAAAUCAUACAGGUUGUGGCUAUGGUUCGGACCAUAUCCCCAGCCAUCUUUAAAUCGCAGCUUGUACGGUUAUUCGGUACUAAGGAUAUAUCGUGUUUUCACAGUAUACUGCAGAUGAAAGCGGUGUUUACAGAUAGUCUGUUUACAUCAGAGGACGAGCACUUCCUCCUUCAGAGGCUAGUGGGUAUGACGCUGCACCCCUUGCUCUCUACACCAGUCAGGUUAUUCUAUUUAGAUUGUCUAUUGCAUUUCCCAGAGAACAGACCCCUCAACUCUAACCCCGGUGAGAACCUGCCUGUUCUGCUCACCGUCCAGAUGACUUCAUCCCUGUUCCCUAACAUCUUCAACGACUGCAGCACAAUGCUUUGCAGGCAGAACUUGCUAAGCAUGGUCUAUCUUGAGAAUGAGGGAUUUCAUGCUGAGAGGGGCAUAGGAUACUUAUAUGAACAUGUCAUGUCCCUAUAUAGCAUGGUGGACAGAAAUGCCAGCCGGGAGAUUACGGCCACCUUUUUCCGUGCAGCCUACCUAUUCGUGCGGUACUUCCAUUACUGUGAGAAGCACAUGGAGAAUCUGACCAAAAGUCUCCUAGACCUAUAUAAGAAUAAUAGCGCCUUAGCCCCUUAUUUUAUUAACCUGAUUCAUCAGACCCAAACCCUGCUAGAAUUUCAGGCUUGGCCAGUCUCUCUGUCCAAAGCUUUACAAAGGCAAAUAGUGGAGCUACCUUUGGAUCGGGUUACCUUGAAGAACCUUCCAUGGCAUCUUAAGGUUCUUGCAAGAGUAGCUCAAGAGAAUACAAUCCCACAGACAUGUACAGUAACGUUCCUGAGAAGAAUGGUGUCUCACUCCGAUCUGUGUCUUAAAGGAGACUGGGGACUGGGUAACGCUCUGUUGUCCGUGUGCAAGCAAGUUCUCCAGCAUGAACAUCUCAAUAAGGUGUUCAUGCCUUUGGCAGAUCUAUUACAAUAUCUAAUGCAUCAUUAUGGAGACAUUGACAUUCAAGACCGAUCGCGCUUGUAUUACAUUCUCCUCACCAAUGUCUCCAGUGACAAGCUUGGGAAAGUUCUCAACAUGUCUCCAACUGGUGGGCAAACCAAGUUAAGAUCAUUGUCUUCCAUUAUGACAGAAAGUGAGAAUUUCUCCACCUUAUUGACUAUUCACAGCACAGAGAUGACACUUCUCCAGCUCUGUCCAGUUCUUGAUGGUGCAAAGACGUUCCCAUCUCAUUCGGAAACAUCUACAGAGGCGACUAAAGAGACUGAGUACACCAUCGAAGAACAUUACAAACAUCUUGCUCACCAUCGAUCUUCCUUGCUUGCCUUGAAGUAUCACUUGACUUUCAAAGGAGACGUUGAAGAAAAGUACCAAAAAUUAUUUUGUGUUGUACUCCAGUUUGGUUUAACAGAUGGUUUUUAUGAACCAAUAAGUGCUAUCAAUGUCCUGUGCCUCUACUUGGGUCGAAAGCCCCCCAUGGUCACCGUUAAUUUGGUUCCAAAGGAUCCCCGUCCAUCCUAUUUGGUAGUGAAUGCCACAUUUAGCACUCAGGAUGGAUUGACUUAUCAUACGCAACUUGAUCCGCUACCUGUAUCAUUCCCGGAGCUGUUUGUCCCAUUUCCCUCGCCUGCGUCUUGCCACUUCUUUGACAAACUUUGGCAUAACUUAAACUCAGAUGACCUGAAAGACAACAAAGAAAGCAUAUUCUGCUGCAAGAUGUCGGAAUCCUCUCUCCGUGAUGUUGUGCUGUCCCAUUUCUCCAAAUUUGUUGUGUCCCAUCAGGCUCAUGAAUACAAGAUCGGUAUCGUUCUUCCCCCAAGUUACCACAUAUUGAUGUGCGCCCAAGUGCAGGACGACACCGUUCAGUUCCACAUUAGAACUGAUGACUGGAAACUUCUGCCCUAUCUGAACGCUCACCUUCUGGACGUGUCCACCAAGACUUGAUCAGGACCUUGAUCCUAUGGGAAAUUAAAGUUUAUAUUGUAACAAUGGUGACUGCUGCAUCCACCAUUGAGCUGUGUACCUGUAUAAUAGAUCUUCUGUAUUGCAGAGUUUUUAUUUCAAAUACUGAUACAUAAAUAUAAGGGGAAAAAAACAGUAAAGAUUAUAUAUUUUUGGUAACAUGUACUAGUCAAUGGACUUUAAAGGAGUGCUCCAAUGUCAGGUAAAAAAAAAA